AUGCCACAAGAUCCUUGUCAUCCUAAUCCUUGCGGUCGUAAUACUCAAUGUUUCGUGUCUUCGGGAAGACCUGUUUGUUCUUGUUUAUCUGGUUAUCACGGGAAUCCAUUGACUAAUUGUCAAAAGGGAGAAUGUCAAGAUAAUACGGAAUGUUCUCCAUCCAAAGCUUGUAGAGAUAAUCAAUGUGUGGAUCCGUGUGCCGGACAAUGUGGAUUAAAUGCAAAUUGUGAUGUUAAAAAUCACGUACCCGUUUGUAGUUGUCCUCAACAUUACAGAGGUGAUCCAUUUACCGGAUGCAAAAGAGUAGAUCCUCAGGAACUAUGUAAUCCUAGUCCAUGCGGUUCUAAUACUCAAUGUAAUGUCAUUAAUAAUGUUCCCACGUGUUCCUGUUUACCCGGUUAUAGAGGUCAACCGUUAACGGGUUGCAAACACGAAUGCGAAUAUGAUUCCGAUUGUAGUGGAUCACAAUUUUGUAAAAGUUAUAAAUGUAUAAAUGCAUGCGAAGUUGGAGUUUGUGGUACCGGAGCUAAUUGUGAAGUUGUCAAUCAUAGACCCACGUGCAAAUGUCCAGAUAAUUAUUAUGGAGAUCCGUACUUAUCGUGCAGAGCAGAAUGUCACACGAGUAAUGAUUGUCCAUCGCAAAGAUACACGUGCAUAAAUAACAAAUGCGUUGAUCCGUGUAAAGGAGUUUGUGGAAUAAAUGCAAAUUGUAAAGUUCGCGAUGGGAAAACAGCUGUUUGUUCUUGUCCGAAAGACAUGACGGGAGAUCCUUUCGUACGAUGCAGACCUUUCGAAAAGGAAGAUCUAUGUCAGCCGAAUCCCUGUGGUACUAAUGCUCAAUGUACUCCUGGAUUUGAUAGAACUGGAAAAGAUCGUCCGGUUUGUACCUGUCCUUCUGGGUAUAUAGGAGAUGCAUUGGUGUCUUGUCGAAGAGGUGAAUGUCAAACGGACGGAGAUUGUAGUCACACUCAAGUUUGCGAUUCUAAUUACAGAUGCGUUAAUCCCUGUAAUAAUCAAUGCGGAGUUGGUGCUGAUUGUCAGGUACGAAAUCACAUAGCUGUAUGUUCUUGUCCUCCGAAUACUAGUGGAGAUGCGUUGGUGCGUUGCUUUCCCGUAACAAGAACAGCACCUAGAGCACGUUAUGACAAUUAUUACAAAAAAUAG